AUGACGGAACAAAUCUCUCAUAAACGUCCUGUGAGACUGAAAGUCGAUAAAGAAAGACGAAAACAAUUGCACGAAUUUUACAACCUGAAAGAUGAGCCUGAAGACACUGGGGACAAAGAUGGUAGUAGGCCUAAAGAAGCUGUCGAAUUACCUGUAGAUACUGCUGAUACCAAUCACACAGAGGUCGGAAACGGCACCAGCAAUGCCUCCGUGGAGGAAGUAGGUAUUUCCAUUCCCACAGUUUCCGAGUGCACGAUAUCACAACUCAUUCACACACAUAACGCUUUGUUGAGCAAGAAAGCGGAAAUGAACAAUAACAUCAAGAAUGCGGUAUACGAAAAUUACUACGAUCUGAUAAAAGUGAAUGAGCUCCUGCACAGCGUUAGCGGUAGUGAAAACGAGCACUUAAAACAACUUAAGUCGGUAAUCAAGCUGUUGGACGAAUCUUAG